AUGGCGCGAGCAAAGGGGUCCCAAUCGGCCACCGCGCCCGCAGAGGACGAUGUGACCAUCAGCACCUUCUCCGAGUCCUCCAAGGACAUGCACGUCCGGGUGGAGAAGCCGGCAGCGGGCUACCUGUGCACGCUGAGCAUGUUUGCCCGCGUGCCGCUGCCGCCCGACCAGCUGUUUGAGCUGCUGGUCUCCCCAGACGACUGCAAGCGCAUCUUCAAGAGCCUCAAGAACGUGCACCACCGCCGCGUGCUGGCCGACGACGGGCACGGGAACCGCACGGUGGAAGUCGACCAGACAGGCUCCUGGCGCUUCCUCAUGUUCCGAGGCUCCUUCACCGUGCGCAUGAUUGUGGAGCAGCGGCGCGCCGACCGCAUGAUCCACUUCCGCCUGGCCCGCUCCGGCUUCAUGCGCGACUUCAGCGGCACCUGGGUGGUGCGACCCUUUGGCAACACCUCCCUGGACCAGCUGGUCAACAGGCACAACCCCACGCCGCUGCACCGCCUGCAGGCGAGUCGAGGCCGGCACAAGGCGCGGCGCGGCGGGGCGUCGGGCCUGCGGGCGGUAGAGCAGACGCUGGGGCUGGCGGGGCAGCAGCAGGAGAGCCUGGUGCAGCUGCAGCAGAGCAUCGCGCCCGCGCUGGCGCCCCCCGCAGCCGUGACCAGGCUAUUGCAGCGCAUCGCGGCCAAGCAGAUCACCAAGAUCAUGACAGACUUGCAAGUGGAGGCGCGGCGCAUCAAUAGCAGCAGCGGCAGCAGCAGCGGGGGACUGUUGGAAGCGCCAGAGGCGGCGGAGCAGCAGGGGCCAGCGGCGGGGGCAAAGAAGGGCAAGAAGCAGCAGCGGCAGGAGCAGCAGCAGGCGGCGGAUGGGCGGCUAGAUAAGAAGCAGCUGGCAGCGCACGUGUCCGACCUGCGCUGA